GCGCGAGUGUCUCAUGAACGCGCCGGUGAUCGCGGCGCGGGUGUCCGCGGGUCCUCUGAUGUGUUCGGCUGAUUAGAGGUCAUUGAUGUGUCGUUAGGCCGCGGCCGUGAGCUUCGCGCCCCGUGAACACGGAACCGGACGUCAGAGUACCGGGGAGAGAAUGAGAUGCGCUGAAGCGCGCUCGGAUCACCGUGACGCGUCUCUUCGCAAUGGAGGACUGGAGCGAGUGUUUGGAUGUGGCCGUGCAGAUCGCGCGCAGAGCCGGACAGGUGGUGGCGUGUGCGGCGCAGCAGGAGAAGCGUGUGAGCAGUAAGAGCACCCCCACAGAUCUGGUGACGGAGACGGACCAUCAGGUGGAGGAGCUCAUCAUCUCCACGCUCCGACACAGAUUCCCGUCGCACAGGUUUAUCGGAGAGGAAUCGUCGGCCGCCGGUGUGAAGUGUGAACUGACCGACAGCCCCACCUGGAUCAUCGACCCCAUCGACGGCACCUGUAACUUUGUGCACAGUUUCCCCAUGGUGGCGGUCAGCAUCGGGUUUGCCGUGAGGAAGGAGCUGGAGUUCGGCGUGAUCUACCACUGCUCCGACGGGACGCUGUACACCGCCAGGAGAGGACACGGAGCCUUCUGCAACGGAGCUCGACUGCACGUCUCCAGAGAGAGAGAUGUGUCCAAGGCUCUCAUCCUCACAGAGAUCGGGGCCAAGAGAGAUCCUGCAACACUGGACAUCUUCCUGGGAAAUAUGAGGAAGAUGUUGAGCGCUCCGACUCACGGGGUGAGGAUCAUUGGCAGCUCAACUCUAGCACUGUGUCACAUCGCCAGCGGGGCGGCAGAGGCGUAUUAUCAGUAUGGCCUGCACUGCUGGGACAUCGCCGCGGCCGCCGUCAUCAUCAGAGAGGCGGGAGGAUGCGUCAUCGACACCAGCGGGGGCGCUCUCGACCUCAUGUCCAGACGCGUCGUGGCCGCUGGGACCCGUGAGAUCGCAGACUACAUCGUAAAGCAGCUGCAGCCCAUAAACUACGGCCGUGACGACAGUGACCCAGACGGCCUGGCCUGAGCGCCGCCGUGACCUCUGACCCCAUCCCAAGCCUUUUACCUCAGAACACACAAUCCUGCCACGUUACAUCUGCAGUGUCCUUUUAAUGCUCUAUUCACAUUUUAAAGAUCCUAAAGUCACGGCACACGUUCUGGAUAAACCGUCAUCACUGGACCCACGACAUUCACACUCUUCAUCACGGAGAUCAUGUUAAACACUGGAUUUACAACACGUUUGCCUUGAAACUGCAAGGAUGAUGAUGAUGAUGCCAAAUUCUGCAGAUUUUCCAUUCAAAUAUAAAAAGUUUGAUUUUACAUUAUAAAACACAAUGUUUUUGAUCAAAGGAAAGCAGCUGGUUAUGAUCAGAGAGUUCAGUAGUGAAAUCAGAUCAUUACUCAGGAAUCAUUUUCUCUGCAAAGAUGGAAGAAAGUAUGAGCAUUAACUAGGUUUCUAUUAUAACAAACACUGCUAAAUCAUUUCUUAAUCGGCAUUUUUAUCUCGCUUUCUUUAAAACUAAGAUAUUAGGCCUUGUUUUAAGAGGAUAAAUGUCGAUCAUAUUUUCUUAUUGAACAUUUAUCUUGUUUUACGCAUUUUUAGAUAUUUUCUUUACUGGAGAACAUGACGAGAAUGAUGUUUUUGGGCAGUUCGGAAAUACAGAGAUCUGGUUGGCUGUUCAUGUGACGCAGCUGAUAUCAUGGUCAUUAUUUAUUAAUGAAGACACACACACACCAGAUCUUGUGACUUUCUGAACACACACACUGCAGUUUUAACCUGUUUUUGUGUUUUUCUAACGGAUGAUCUGUAGAUCUAACAGCUGUAUAUGAACACAUGCAGGUUUGAGUUUUAUAGUUGAUCACUUUAAUCCCUGUGAGUCAGGGCAACAUUCCUCUGCUAUGACUAAUUAAAGCGUACACUCCCGUCA